AUGGAUAAAUCUCAAAUUUCGACAGAAGAUUCACAACACGUGGAACCCAUUAAAUUAUCCGAACAAUUCAUAAAUGUUAUUGAUUUCCAUGCCGAUUUUGGAUCUGGAAUUUCAAAUUCAAGUGGAACAGUUUCAUAUGAUUCGAUUGUAAAUGCGAAUGUGAGAAGUGAAUUUGCAAAAAUGAAAAUUGCAGUGCCGGUGAGUUUUUCUUUGGAAAUAAAUAUGAUCAGCAAAAAACAUUUUCAGUGUCCAAAUCAACCGCCACGUCCCGCAUAUAUUUCAAAAACCAAAACAUUGCUUUCGAAAAGCCAAAAUGCUCAAAAAUGUGUCGCAAUAAAUUUGGAACUUUUUGAAAAACUCGAAAAAGAUCGAAAAAUUCGAAAUAAGUCGUUGAAAACUGAACGAUUUGUUGCGAAAAAAUGGGCGAGUUCGAAUAAAAAUGAGAAGACUGUGGAGACUGUAGGUUUGAUGAUUUAUGUCAAGUUUUUAGUAUUAAAACUUUACAGCAAGUCGAAAAUUGGUUGGAUGAAGCAUUGAAAUCGAAAGACUCAUCAAUGAUGACAGAAAUUCGUGUGAAAAUUGAUCGACAUCAAUUGGAAAACGUGGUUAUGACACGACAAAUUGCUCAAAACUAUGAGAAUCAAUUCAUAUCGAAUGUUUCUGAAGAAUUUCGCAUGAAAAAUUGGUUUUGCGAAUUGCCGGCUGAUUAUUUAGAACAGGAAAAUGAGUGA